UCUUCUCCCAUUUUCCGCAGCAGCCUCCUCUUCUUCUCAUUUUCUCUCAUCUUCCCUCAUUUUCUCUCAUUUUCUCCUCUUCUUCUCCACCAAAAUUUCAAAGCUAUUUACAAAUUUUUUUGACUCUCUCCCAAGAUCUGCAGCCAUAUCCACCAACAGAUAUGGAGGAAAGACGCAAUCGCCGUGACCGUCGUAAUUACAUUUUACCGGGUCCCAACGAUCCAUCAUUGCUAUAUGCCCAAGCCGAUCAUCGGUCUGAGGCUAUAUGGCAACAAAGUAUGGAUGUUGGGGCAAUUGCUUGUAGAAGGACGGGAACAAUUCUACAUCUGGAAGACAUUCCAGAUCAAAUAAGACCUUACCUGCGACGAACUGGAUUUUAUGGGGUUAUACGGUUAGGUUUUUUUGCACUAGACUGGCAUCUAAUUAGUGCAUUGGUUGAGCGGUGGCGACCAGAGACUCAUACGUUUAUGUUUCCCGAAGGGGAAAUGACCAUUACCCUUCAGGAUGUAGGGCUAAUAACCGGGUUGCUGGUCAAUGGUGCAGCUGUUACUGGGCGAUCACGCCACCAUUGGCCAUCAGUGUGUGAGGCACUAUUAGGUGUCGUUCCACCUAAUAGUGCCAUAAGGGGUUGUUAUCUGAAGAUGGUAUGGCUAGCUGAGGAGUUCGGUCAGCUUCCAGAUGACUACGACGAGGUAGUUGUGCAGAGGUUCGCACGCGCAUACUUAAUGAGGGUCAUUGGAUCUCUUUUCAGUGAUACAUCUGCUUCGCGUGUUAACCUGAUGUUUUUACCUCUGCUAGCCGACCUGGAGGAAGCCGGCAAUUAUAGCUGGGGAGCUGCAUGUCUGGCUUGGCUGUACAGACAGUUAUGUAAGGCGACUAAUCCAGAAGUUAUGCAGAUGGCCGGUCCAUUAUUCAUAUUGCAGAUAUGGGCAUGGGACCGUAUCACAGCUGUAUCGCCUACACUGUCUGUACGAGUACCACAUCACGAUGCUCCACUAGGCAGCAGGUGGAGUAAUGCGAGGCAGAUAACAGAGGUUGUCACCCAUGUACUCGUGGAGCUGCGUUACCAGCUUGAUCGGUUAUUACCUGAGCAGGUAAUAUGGGAGCCAUACACCGAUGCCCUUAUUGAGUCGUUACCCGAAUACUGCCGACAAGGACGACAAAUUUGGAGAGCUGUAGUGCCACUGGUCUGCUUCCACAUUAUAGAGUGGCAUCAGCCUGAUCGGGUCAUGCGACAGUUUGGUAUGCAGCAGCACAUUCCUGCUGAACCUCAACAGUCUGCUGCACUCCAUGAUGUCGAUUUGCGUAAGAGCGACACAGAUUGGGCUGAGGUGCACUCCCAUUGGAUUGCGCACUGGAACACCCGAGAAAGACGAAUAGUAACUGCCCCGCCAGCAACGGAACCACUCCAUUUUCAUUCGGAGUACAUGGAGUGGUAUCGUAGGGUGUCCAGACGCUGGAUCUCGGUUAAAGGAGCGGCUAUGGGAUCGGGGGAGGAUGGUGUAGAGCGUAUGCAGGCUAUUGCGACAAAUCCGACUACGGGGAGCAUGACGUCCAUUUGCGACCUCCUUCAAUCAGUUUCAUUCUGUAUGAUGGAGGAGAGGCGGCAAACACAAUUCCCAGCUCCACAGCCAGCACCGGCUCGACCUCACAUCACGGCUGAUCCAGAUGAGCCACCCAUUCAUCAGCGCUCAUCCAGAGCACGUGGUCAUGCUAGGGGCCGUCAACGGGAGCAUGCUCCAGCAUCAGAACGUGAUAGCGACGUGCAUCCAGUACCUCCCCCGAUACAGUAUCACCAGUCUCAAGAGGAAUACGGAUAUGCUCCAGGUUCCUCGCACGUUCCACCCAGUUCUUCUCAGGUACCUUCCAUGUAUUAUCCUACUCAGAGUCAGUUCAUGGGAUGGACGCCUGGACCGAGUACAGUGCCUUCGGUUACUCCCGCUGCGUCUAGUGUACCAUGUACGCCUAUUGGAUCUAUGUUUCCUGCAUUUGCCUCAGAGUCUGCACAUGAUGCUUCUACGUCUAGGCAGAAUAUUUUUGCAGGAUACAAUCCUGGAUUAGAAUAUGGCCAGGCUGGUUUUGGUGUGUUUGGUCAGCCUGAUCCUUCAGAUUCAGUGGUGCAAAAUCCAGAUGUAAUUGAGCCGACACAGGCUGAUUUGGAUAAUCAGCAAUUCCUAGCACCGGGACCAUGGCGAGGCAGAUUACGGGGUCCACAUGAGCGGAGACAUCCAGGAUGUGGGACUGGUGAUCAUCACUGAGUGCAAGUCGAAAUUGUGUAAAUUAAACAGUGGCGGGCACUUGAGGAAGCUACUGAUGUACAUCAUUCCACAUGCAAUUUGGUUGGUGUCUAAAAUUGAUAAAAUGGUGAUUAUUUGAAGUUUGAAAUUACUACGAAGGAUAAAAUGGAUUAUUUGAAGUUUGUAAUUAUUGUGUAAUUAUUUGUAAUUAUUUGUCAUUAUUGUGUGUAUUUGUAAUUAUUGUGUAAUUAUUUGUAAUUAUUUGUCAUUAUAAGAGAUAGUUUUUCCUUUUCCCCAUUUUAUUUUAAUAAAUUCUCAUGG